GUCAGUCACCUAAACAAUCCUGCUUUUCGCUCUGAUCCCCCUUAUCUGUCCGUCUUAGCUCCACACCUGCGCGUUUUAAUCCCUACCCACGCCCAUCGACCCAUACGUCCGCAUCGCAGCCCGUACUUCAGCGCUAAUCCCUUAUCAUCGUAACCCGUACCGGCGUGUCUCAUCCAAUCCUGCCACGUCAACGCGAUGCCGAAGAAAAAAGGCGGCUCGGGGAGUCUGGGCUCCUCCCUCAUCCGCCAUAGAUUCAACCGCGGCUCGGAGUUCCAGCAUGCUGACGAGGGCAGGCGCCACGUCAUCGCGGCGGCGGAAGCUGCGGCGAAACCGGCGCUGGUGUCGGUGGUGGAUCAGAGCGACCUUGACGAGCUGCUGACCACUGCUGAGCUGGCAGGGCGGGAGUUUGCCGCCCAACGAGGCAACGCGGAGAUCAUCUAUCUCGAUGGUCACGAUGUUGGCGCGCUAGGCGGGAGAGGCGGCAGUAGCAGCAGCGAGCGCAAGGAGCAGGAGGAACUUCACCGGAAGCUUCUGACCAUCCCAAGGAGGCCCCAGUGGAGCGCCAGCAUGACGUCAGCAGAGCUGGAUGCCAGUGAAAAGGCUGCCUUCCUGGAAUGGAGGCGAUCGCUGUCCGCGGUGGAGGAGAACAACCAUCUGGUGGUAACCCCAUUUGAGAAGAAUCUGGACAUCUGGCGACAGCUCUGGCGCGUGCUGGAGAGAAGCCACCUGGUGGUAACCGUGGUGGACAGCCGUAACCCUCUCUUCUACCGCUGCCCCGACCUCGAAGCCUACGUUCAAGAGCUGGCCGGCAAAGGCAAUCACACGGACCCCAGCAGCAGCAAGGAAUUAACCACUCUCCAGGAUCCCAGCGCCGGCAACCGCUCCCUGCUGCUGCUGAAUAAGGCUGACCUGCUGCCCGCUGCUGUGCGUAAAAUGUGGGCGCGGUACCUCAAGGGCCGCGGGGUGGAGUUUGCCUUCUGGUCCGCCAAGGCUGCGGCUGAGGGGGUGGAUGAGGGGGAGGAGGGGGAGGAUGGAGAGGAGGAGGAGGAUGGAGAGGAGGAGGAGGAAGGAGAGGAGGAGGAGGAAGGAGAGGAGGAGGAGGAGGAUGAGGAGGAUGAGAGUGAGGGUGAGUGGGAGGAGGCGGAGGAAGGGGAGGAGGAGGAGGAGGAAGAGCAGGGUGAGGAAGCAGGGAAGGAGGAGGGAGGUGUGAGUCCAGAGGACGUGGAGGGCACUGAGGAGGGGCAAAAAGGAAGUGAGCAGGUUGCAGUGAGGGUGACGAAAGGGGAUGUGAAGAUCCAUGGGAAAGACAGCCUGCUUCGGCUGCUGGAAGCCAAAGCCACUGCCAUUGCUGCUGCUGCUGCUGCUACCGCUGCCGCUCCUGCUGCUGCAGCAGGGGCAGUGGCAGGGAGAAGGGAAGCUCAGAAGGAAGGAAAGAAGGGAGGGGAGAAGGGAGGGGAGAAGGAAAGGGUGGUGGUUGGAUUCGUUGGUUACCCCAACGUGGGUAAGAGCUCAACCAUCAACGCCCUCGUUGGGUCUAAACGCACCGGUGUCACCUCCACUCCGGGCAAGACAAAACAUUUCCAGACACUGCCUGUGUCGGAAUCGCUAAUGCUCUGCGACUGCCCGGGGCUGGUUUUCCCCUCUUUUGCCUCUGAGCGGUCAGAAAUGGUUGCUGCUGGCGUGCUGCCCGUUGAUCGAAUUACGGACCAGAGGGGGCCAGUGGAAGUGGUUGCCCAAAAAGUUCCGCGGGCAGCCCUUGAAAAGAUUUACGGGCUGACCUUGCCGCCUCCAGCUGCCCAUGAAAGACCCGACAGGCCCCCGUUGGCAGCCGAGCUUCUUAAAGCCUAUGCCCGGUCCCGAGGGCACGUGGUUUCGUCUGGGCUGCCCGACGAAACCCGGGCAGCCCGAAUUAUCUUAAAGGACUACUUGAGUGGCAAGCUGCCGCAUUUUGAGCUGCCCCCGGGCACUUCAACAAACUUGAAAGAGGGAUUCUGGUUGGGCGCAGCAGCAGGAAGAGGGGGAGGAGGAGGAGAAGAGGGAGAGGAAGGGGAGAUGCUGGUCCUGGACGCCCUUGACUUGGAGCACUUCAGUAGCAUGGCUCUGGAUCAGGCUCAACAGGCUGCCGCUGCUGCCACUGGUGGUGAUCCUUCCAGCGAGGUUGACUAUAACGAGGAUGAGGUAAGUGGGGGCACGGGCACUGGCGCUGCUGCUGCUGGUGCAGGGCUGGCAGUGGGAGGGGGCGGUAGGCAGCAGCGGGCGCCAAAGGCGGAGCACAAGAGGCAGAAGAAGCAGGCGAGGAGCAAGGAUAGGAGCUGGCGGGUGGGCAGGGGGGGAGGGGAUGGGGAGGAGGGGGCUGUGAUGACAGUGCGGGGGGUGGCUAAGCCGGUGAGCCAUGGGGCGAUUAAGCAGGGGAGUGUGCUGCCGGGUGUGAAGCACCUGGUGCAGUGAUGGUGUCGGUGCGACAUGGGUUUUGGUGCACUGAUGGGUCUGCAGCAGUGAUGGCGAAGAGGGGUGGGGGGGGAGGGGAGGGAGUGGGAGGACGGGGUCGUGAUAGCUGUGGUGAGGGGAGUGGCGAAAACAGUGAGCCACGGGGUGGUCAAGCAGGGGAGUGUGCUGCCUGGUGUGAAGCACACCUGGUGCAGUGAUGCGAUUGGCGCAAUCAUAACUGUGGUGUGCCCAGUUCAUUGGCUUGCAGCUGUGAUGGCUGUGGUAAGGGGGGUAUCGAUGGCAAGGCUGGCGUGGCGAGUCACAGGGCUGUGAUGUGAGGCAAGGGAGCGUGCUGCCGGGUGUGAAGCUCUUGGCGCAGUGAUGUGCGUGGUGAUGCUUGCCUGCCUGAAUGCCAAGCCAAUCACCAAGCAUCACCAAUUUCAACCCUUUCAAUAGGCUGCCGUGUUACCGCAAUAGGCUUGCAGCAGGGGUGGCACUGUAUGCAGUGAAGUGAAUGACACGGAUCUUAUGGAUAUACUUGCACAUCUUCGCACCUGCUUUAAGGGUUAUGCUUCUUCAUGUACACUAGGGCUUGUCA